CACACACACACACACACACACACAUACACACACACACACACACACACAUCCUGCUUUCAACUGUCCUUUGCCCAGAUAAGGAUUAACCCAUCCCUCUUCAUUCCCUCUAGCCUUCUGCACCUGGCCCUCCCAGUGCACCUGGUCAAUCCCAGCCCCUCCCUGACCUGUACAAAUACACCUGAGGACAGACAGUGCCCCAGACUUCCUGUCCCUGCUCUGAACUCUCAGGUAUUCCUUGUGUCAUUCCCUGCUCUUACUCCAAAAAGAUGCACCCAGGUCCAAAGGGGCACUGCCACUGUGGGGGGCAUGGCCAUCCUCCAGGUCACUGCGGGCCACCCCCCGGCCACGGCCCAGGGCCCUGCGGGCCACCCCCCGGCCACGGCCCAGGGCCCUGCGGGCCACCCCCCGGCCACGGCCCAGGGCCCUGCGGGCCACCCCCUGGCCACGGCCCAGGGCCCUGCGGGCCUCCCCCUGGCCAUGGCCCAGGGCACCCACACCCUGGUCCACAUCACUGAGGAAGCAGAAGAAAACAGGACACAAGAUGGCAAGCCUGAGAGAAUUGCCCAGCUGACCUGGAAUGAGGCCUGAACCACAAUCUUCUUUUCCUAAUAAACAGCCUCCUAGAGGUCACGUUCUAUUAUUUAAA